AUGGUUCAAAUUCCUGCAUUAGUGCUUCUUUGUUCCAUUGCUUUUCAUGUUCCUGAUAGUGAAGAUUUAGCACAGGCUGAAGUGCUUAUUGUUCUUGAAUGGGCAUCUAAAAAGUCUCAAUUGAUUCAAAUUGAAAGGGUGGAGAGAUUUUUACAGGAAUCUAAAGGUAGUUUGGAGCUCUUUACAUCAAUAUACAUUGACCGACAGCUCCAUAACAGACAGAUUUACCCACCUAUCAACGUGCUUCCAUCCCUGUCUCGAUUGAUGAAGCUUAACCCCAAUCUGCAAAAUCCCGGUCAGCAAUUCGGGCAGUGUUCUGCUAGUGGGUCCUUUGAAUCUUCCCCACCACCUAAAGAAUCUGCAGAAAUGGAAUCUCCUACAAAAUCUAAUGAUAAUUCUAAAACAGCAUUGGUUGGAAAUGGAAAUGGAAAAGGAAAAGGCAGUCUUCAGACAACGGGGGCAAUUAAGUCAAAAGCCACCUCGACAGAUACUAAAUCUGAGAUAUCAUCAAAUGGGCAGUAUGGUCAACUUGGACAUGGAACUGACAAUGAGGUGGAGGGCAGAUAA